CCCCAAAAUCGGGACCUCGCUCCAGCCAUUGUUUUACAAGGACAUUUAAAGUAACAUGUUUAAGCCACUAGGGGGAGCCACAGUCUAAGACGUGGACUUUGAGUGCUGCUCAAAUCUUACGUCCUGACGUCACUACAUCAAACAACGGGUCAAAGCCUCCUAUUAACCGUAUGUCGCAGCCUUGUGCCAAAAAUCUCUUCUUACGGUGGACUGGAAAAACAUGAGAACAACAUAGGUCUAAUCGUGACCUGGCUGUGCGGAGUGAUGAGCGUCAUGCUCCACCCGCUCACGGUAAGCUCCGCCCAGCAGCCGUGUUUCUCCUCAACCCUCAUUCAAAACAGAGGACAGCUGUUGAGAGACGCAUCGUCGUGUGCACGGCGUUAGCCGGAGAACUGUUAGCUGCACACUGUCUUCUCAUGAACGCGCUGGAAUAUCAGCUGCGAAAACAGGGAAGAGAAAAGCGGCACCUCGACAACAGAAGCCAGUCACGGAGAUCAACAGAACAGAACAGACCAGCAGGAUAACCACGCUACCAGAACCAUGCUCAACUGACACACAGCUGGGAGCCUGGGUGGACUUUGCUGCAUUUGAGGAUGAUGAAUGAUCUGCUGUGCUAGAACUAGAGGGUGUGGGAAUGAUGGACCUCCCAAAUGGCCAAUCCAGCAUCACCACGAACACUGCAACCAUCUCUGAGAGGAGCAGCAGCUCAGAGUCUCUCAGCGAUAAAGGCUCGUCCGAGCUGAAGAAGAGCUUUGAUGCAGUCGUGUUCGAUGUGCUAAAGGUCACUCCUGAAGAAUAUGCUGGCCAGAUCACACUCAUGGAUGCUCCCGUGUUUCAAGCUAUUCAGCCAGAGGAGCUGUCAAGCUGCGGCUGGAACAAGAAGGAGAAACACAGCUCCGCUCCAAAUGUGGUAGCCUUCACACGCAGGUUCAACCAGACGAGUUUUUGGGUGGUAAGAGAGAUCCUCCACGCACAGACGCUGAAGAUCAGAGCAGAAGUGCUGAGUCUCUACAUCCGUACAGCCAAGAAACUGUGUGACAUGAACAACCUCCACGCGGUGAUGGCCGUGGUGUCAGCCUUACAAAGUGCCCCCAUCUUCAGGCUCACCAAAACAUGGGCGUUACUCAGUCGGAAGGACAAGGCAACCUUCGAUCGCCUCGACUACCUAAUGUCAAAAGAAGACAACUAUAAACGUCUGAGAGACUUCAUAAGCAGCCAGAGCAUGGUCUCCUGCAUACCCUACCUAGGGAUGUACCUUUCUGAUCUGACCUACAUAGACUCGGCGUACCCCUCCACGGGCAGCAUAUUGGAAAAUGAACAGAGGUCUAACCUGAUGAACAACCUCCUGAGAAUCAUUUCAGACCUGCAGAGAUCCUGCACCUAUGAUGUACCCGUGCUGCCUCACGUUCAGAAAUAUCUCAACUCAGUCAGAUAUAUUGAGGAGCUGCAGAAGUUUGUGGAAGAUGACAACUACAAGUUGUCUCAGAAGAUUGAGCCUGGCACCAGCACACCACGAGCAAAUGCCUCUAAAGAGGAUCUUGUGGGUCAGGAGGCGUCUUCGUCUCCCCUCUGCGGUCGUAAAUGUACGGCGUCAAACGAAGGACCCAAAGUCCCUGCCACCCCGCCCUCGCCUAGAAACCUCCUGCCGUACGGACACAGGAAGUGCCACAGCCUGGGCUACAAUUUUAUUCAUAAAAUGAAUACGGUGGAGUUCAAAAGCGCUACGUUCCCCAAUGCGGGCUCUCGCCACCUGUUGGAUGACAGUGUGAUGGAGAGCAACAGCCCCAACAGAGGACAAGCGGAAAGCUCCACGUUGUCUAGCGGCAUUUCUCUCGGGAGCAGUGAGGGUUCGGAGCUCAGUGAGGAGGUGUCCUGGCCAGCAUUUGAGAGGACUCGGUUCUAUCACUCUCUGGGCCCAGUGACCCGCGUGGCCCGCAUCCCGUACAGAGGAGUCUUGAGGCCCAGCAGCUCGGCGGAGUCAGAGGAGCUGGCGGUUCAUCUGUAUCCAGGAGCUGUCACCAUGCAGGGGGUGUUGCGAAGGAAGACUGUAAUGAAGGAGGGCAAGAAACCGACAGUGGCCUCUUGGACCAAAUACUGGGUUGCCCUUUGUGGAACUCAGCUGUACUACUACGCUGCCAAGUCCCUGAAGGCCACUGAGAGGAAACAUUUCAAGUCGACGUCUAGCAAGAGUGUGUGUGUGGUGGGCCUGAUGGCCAUGAUGGCGGACGAUCUGGAGCAUCCCGACGUCUUCUUGCUGACAGAUUCCGAGCACGGUAACACCUACAAGUACCAAGCAGGGAACAGAAUAAACGCUUUGCUCUGGUUCAAACAUCUGAGUGCUGCCUGUCAGAGCAAUAGACAACAGGUGCCAGCCAAUCUGAUGUCAUUUGAGUGAGUGAUGCUGGGAAGUGUGAACGAACAAAAGACGACAAGGAUGAGGACACAGACGACGACGAUGAGGAGGACGAGGAGCAGCGCUGACUCAGUAGUGGGAGUAGAGGUUUCACUGCCAUGAGCCCUGCCUGAUGAUUCUCCAAUUCUAGCCCCGGCCUCACUACAGCCUUUUGCAGCCUCACCUGCCACCACUGCCUUAACUAGAAUAACCCCAACGUGUGAGCGUUUCUGCACGCUCGUACAUGUGAAAAAUGAAUCUGCGUGUAUGUGUGCGUGCGUACGUGCGUGUAAAGAAGUUUCGUUGGAUGUACAAACUACUGAACGAGGACCCGGACCACUGCUCUCGUCCCCGAUUCGGUCUCGGUAUCCUUAUUUUUACUGAGAUUGUUCAGCACUUGAGUGGAUGUGUUUUCACCUUCUCCUCUUCCCGCCCCCCUCCUCUCACAGACGGACCGUCCUCAGACUUGGAAGAAAAAAAACAAACAAAUUCUCUCUUCGGUUGGGUUUAGAGGUUAUGAAUUUUAACCGUUUCCUUCCCGUGCGUGGACGCAAGACUGUCCUUUUAGUCAAAUGGACACAAAAACUGCAGAUAAAAAAAUAAUUAAAAAAACCCUCCUUUUUAUUAUUACGUUUGACACUUUUAACUGUCUGUGACUGUUUUCCUUCCCGAUUAGUGGAAGUCACGCAUUUUUCCACACAAAUGCAUGCCCACACUGGCUGAUUUGAUUGCAUGGUUAUAAAUGAAAGGGCUAUGAUUUGUGAUCCACUUCAUCAUCAUCAAAAAAAAAAAAAGCUCAUAUUUUCCUAUCAAUUCUACCUUUAUUUCAGAAGGAUCUUUUUUUUUUUUUGUCAUGUACUCAUCGUUCUGCUGGCGAGCGUGUAUCUAUAUAUCUGAACCGGGUGACCUUUUUCUCUUCUGCUUAGAUUCCGAACCUCUUCGGUAAUUUUGCUUCGGUACGAUCAUCCCAGAGUCUAAGCUCAUGUGUUUUGUUCAAGCGUCAGGGUCGACGAGCGAUUUUCUUUUUUUUUUUUUUCAAAAGCCGCCUGUCUUUUCUUUCCAGCAUCUUUGCAUUGCCGCCAUCCGCCCCGAACAGCGAUGCCUUGUUCCACAGAUUCACACAAACAAAACACUACAGACUUGAAACUGUGAAUGAGUGUGAGAGAAAAACAGCCUGAGCAUUCUUUUCAUCUCAUCCUCUUCUUCUUCUUCUUUAUUAUUGGUAGAUUCUUUGGUCCGGAGCAGACAUGGGAAGCUACCUGGAGCCAUACAAGUCUAUUUUAAAUCAUGUAUGUUGUUAUCGUUCUGUUUUGUUUCUUUGGGAGUGAUGGUGCAGUUCACAGUAUUACCAUGUAGUAGACGACUGUUCGUUGAUUUAGGUUUUUUUUUUUUUGUCUGUUACAUUUGAAUGUUACAUGGUUUUUGUUCUGUUUUUCUUCUCCCUUCUGUGAAGUUAUUUUGAUUAUUUUACACACACACGUGAAUUUUAUUUUUUCCAAUUUCUGGCCCCCUAUUUGGUCAAACCAGAACCUAGUUCAGUCAGUGCCCCCCCCCCCUGACCGUGUUGCGUCUGCAGUUGCACAUUGAUUCUAAUUAGUGCCAAGCAAAAGCUGAGUGUUGUACGAUUUUGUUUUUUAGAGUAAAGAAGGCAGAGUGGCAGUGACGCAGACGUAGAUGCUCUGAGUGAAAAAAGAACCUGGGAGAACCCUAAUAAUCUACUGUGUAUCACAGAUGUUGUUUAUUUGUUUGUGUGUGUGUGUAUGUGCGCAAAACACAACAAGUUAAUUUGGUUAUGACAAUAGUGAGGUGCAUGCCACUCGAAAUGAAACCUUUGAUCGUAUUUCUUAUCUGUUUACAUCGUCCGUUUACACAGUCUGUCGCCCAACGUCACGGUCACCGAGUUGCACCAUGUACUGUAAUAUAGAAAAAGAAAGACCAGUAGAGACGUCGUAGAUCUUUAGAGUUCAUGAAGCCUGGUGUUGGUCUGGCAGCAGUGAUCCGUGUUGUACUUUUAGGAUUCAUUUUAAGUGUCUACAACAAUCAUUAAAACUCUAAAAAAAAAUAGGGUGGAAACGAGAUGAGGGAGGAAGGAAAUGUUGGAAAAUGAGGUGGUGAAUGAGAACGCCAAAGACAGCUUUGUGGGGUUUAUGGAAUCCUGUACAUACAUUUUUAUUGAAAAGAGAUUGUAGUUCAAGCCCAAUAGACGAAUCUUGUCAGACUGCUGUCACUGCUGAGCAGUGGGAGGUGACCUGCUACCUAAUUACCUGCAUGACUGAACCUGCCGGCUCAUGCUGCGGAGAGAGAGACCACGCGGGUGUGUUGGAUGGGAAAAUUGUGAAGUUAGGGGUCGUACAGGCAGGGAGAUUAAAAAAUAAAUAAAACUGACGCAAAGACACAAUCCCAGAACCAAAGCACAAUAGAAGCUGAAGACGACAGAGGAAAAAGUGAAUGAAAUGUUCAGACCUGGUCAUGACAUCCAUCCGAGGUCACGUGAUUACAUGCUUACAGUAUUGACAUCGACUCAGCUGACGUCAUUGACCUGCUGCGAUUUAGUGAGAAAACACCCAUCCAUCAGAAUCUCUAAUAUAUUAACAAGUCACUUUAUAAAUGUCAACAUUCUGUCCUAUAUUUUCUGGCCCUUGCACUUCAAAUCAGCAAAUCCACAAACACACCGAUCCAAACAAUCCUAGUACUCGAUGUUGUUUUACAAUAUUGAGUUUAAGUGUAGUAGAUGAUGCAUUCAUGACAUCAUUAUUUUUAUUUUUUUGCCAGCUGUUCCAGUCUUAAUCGACACUGUCAUCAUGUAAUCCUUCCUUCAGGGUGAAUUCAAGUAAUCUAACCUAAUCUGACAAGGCUUUCGGUGAAGUAUUCAACCUCUGUGAUUGGCUCAGGUUAGGUUCUGACCCACAUACCAUGCUGUGAUUCAGGGAAGUAAGAAAUCGGUCAGAUGUUGAUCAAGAACAGAAUGACAACGCAGCCGCAGCAGAGUGUAGACGUUAUACACCUCAUUGUCUGCUCCGCCUGUAACCUGGGUACGAUGGAAGAAAUGUCAAGAGAUGUGAUCUGAUGUGAGUUCCUCAGUUACAGGUCCUGUGUAAGGAAAAAAAAUUAUUAAUGAAUUUUGGUCCACAAUCUCGCCCACAUGAAACGUCUCAGCGCUCUCUGAGAUUCAUUCUAACUUAUGUUUACAUUCAUUUUUUAUUUAUAUACAUAUAAUAUCUGAACAUUGCAUGGUCAAACUUUUGUAAGAAUAUUUUAUUAACCCUUUUCUUUUCACGUCUCUCUCUAGUCGUGAAUUUGAAUGCUUACAAAAACACAGACUUUUUUUUGUUUUGGGUGAAAACUCCUGUGAGGUAAACGUUUUGUCAUUAUGAAGAAACUUGUCAUUCUACACUUUGCUGUUUUUUUUUCCCACAUACUGUACACAACUUAAUUAGCUGUAUUCACUAAGCCCUAACACUUUGCUGAUUGAUUCUUUUUUUUUUCUUUUUUUUUUAACGGUCAUGGAAAGUGUCAAAGCUGAGAUAAAGGGUUUGACCGGAGCACGUGUGUGAUUGUUACAAUGUGACAUGCUUAUUCUGUGGUGAUAAAAAAACGAAACCAAUGUGAACCUGUGCACUGGCCAGGCGUCAUUCACUGUUUACCGAGGACAUUUACGGAAUCACAUCCUUCAGCCUUUGGAUGGAGGAGGCUGAUGUGUGCGCCCCCCCACCCCCUUACAUGGCUUCAUGUGUUUGUUUUUGUCUGCCUGUGUCAUGAUAUUGGCGAGCAUUGUGAUCUCAUUGACGAGUGAUGUGCUGCCUGGUGUGAAGACUGAGUUCCAAUAAACACUCUGCCCCUUUUUUUACUCCACAAA